AUGACAAUUAGUGAGUGAUCUCUCCCUGUCCUUAUCUCGACCCACAAGCUUUUCGUUACACUUCUUCUCCCCUGCCUAGUGAAUGAGGGGAGUGAGAGAGCGGCUCUGGUGGGCACCUGGCCCCCAGCCAGGGUCAACUCACCACAAUCCCAAACCAAUGCUGACACAUCUCUGACACCCUCCUGGCGUCGCCUGGCGUCACAGCUCAGUAACUGCCGCAGGACUCACUCCAGGGACGGCUGGGCCCAGAGACAAGGUGCUCUUGGGUCACCAGCUCCCGGAAACGGGAUCGCGAAUGCCGCGACCCGCUCUCAGCGCCAGGCGGAGCAACUGAAGGAAGGCCUGAGCCCCGCCCCGCUUCCGCUUCCGGCCCCGCUGGGGGGGGGCUUCCUGUGCCACUUCCGCUUCCGGGAGAGGCGGCCGCGAUGGCGGUGCUGGCGUCCAACCCCAACAACCCCGUGGUCUUCUUCGAUGUCACCAUCGGCGGGCAGGAGGUCGGCCGCAUGAAGAUCGAGCUGUUUGCCGACGUUGUACCCAAAACGGCGGAGAACUUCAGGCAGUUUUGUACGGGUGAAUUCAGGAAAGAUGGUGUCCCUAUAGGUUAUAAAGGCAGCACUUUCCACAGGGUAAUAAAGGAUUUCAUGAUCCAAGGAGGGGACUUUGUAAACGGAGACGGCACUGGAGUAGCCAGUAUAUAUAGGGGUCCUUUUGCAGAUGAAAACUUCAAGCUGAAACACUCUGCUCCUGGGCUGCUCUCUAUGGCAAACAGUGGUCCAAGUACCAACGGCUGUCAGUUUUUCAUUACGUGCUCCAAAUGUGACUGGCUGGAUGGAAAACACGUUGUUUUUGGUAAAAUUGUCGAUGGGCUGUUGGUGAUGAGAAAAAUUGAAAAUGUGCCUACGGGUCCAAAUAACAAACCCAAGCUGCCAGUUGUGAUCUCUCAGUGUGGGGAAAUGUAAACCAAUGAAACAGAAACAUGUGUUCCUCCACCGGUGGUUAGGCUGUGCUGGCUCUGUGCAGUUCCAGCUCCAGCCAGUUCCCCCGCUGCCCCAGUCCUCUCCGCAGGCCAGAUCCACGCUCUUGACGUCCUCCUGAAAUUAUUUAAUAAUUGGCAUCUAUCUUUUUUUUUUUUUUAUAUAUAUACACAUUGAAAUGUAAAUAAAGAGUUUUGUUAAAUA